AAAUAAACAGAGUUAAUGAAGCAGGCUGCUGGAUUGCUGUGGGAGGUUGUGCGGGGGCAGGAGGGUGGUGGGGCUGUGCCCCAGUUCCUGGGCUGGGUGCAGGAUGUGACCCAUCGUGCCAGGAUUGUGCUCCCCGGGGCCGGAAACAGCGGCUGCAAACCGGGGAACGACGAGGUUCCUCCCCGCUCGGCCCCGAAAUUGAGCUCGGGCUGUGCUGGGCUGCACCCCCUUCCCGCAGCUGCCCCGGCACCCCCGGGCCGGGCUGGAGCCAGCCCCGGUUCCAGCUCGGGGAGCUCCACGCGUGGCUGCUCCAGGCUGGGUUUCACUGCCGGACCUGUCACAACCCGCGGGGAAUGUGCGGCUGCGAGCCCCGAGCUCCCGGGCAGGGACAGCGGGGACCCGGCGGCCGGAGCCCCACGUGGGCCGGAGCGUCACGGGAGGCGGCGGCUGGGGCGGCAGGAGGGGCAGGAAGGGCGCAGGAGGCGGGGGCAGCCGAGCCUUAAAAGUCCCCGCUGGGACGGGCUCGUUUCCGCUCACCCCGGCGUCCUCAUGGCCCCCGCGGUGCCGCUGGCCCUGCUGACCCUGCUGGCCCUGCUGGCCCCGGGGCUCGCGGUGGCCCCCGGCUGUGAUUACCCUGCCCACCGCUGGUGCAGCUCGCGGGACAUCGCCGUCGCCUGCCAGGUGGAGAGCCGCUGUCCCAGCCUCCCGCACCCCGCGGCCGCGCCCGUGCAGCUCAGCCUGUACUACGAGAGCCUGUGCCCAGCGUGCCGCGAGUUCCUGGUCACCAAGCUCUUCUCCACCUGGCUGCUGCUGCCCGAAGAGAUGCUGAACAUCACCCUGGUGCCCUACGGCAACGCCCAGGAGAGGAACGUCAGCGGGAAGUUGGACUUUGAGUGCCAGCACGGCCCCGAGGAAUGUUUGGGCAACAUGAUGGAGGCCUGUCUGAUGCACGAGGCCAAGAACUUCAGCACCUACUUCCCCGUCAUUUUCUGCCUGGAGUCGGGCAGCUCCGUCACCAAGAACCUGGAGGCUUGCCUGCAGAUCUACGCCCCAGAGGUGGACAGUGGCCGUGUCACCGCCUGCGUGCAGGGGGACACGGGGGUGGCCCUGAUGCACCACAACGCCCAAGUGACCGAGGCGCUGGACCCCCCGCACCAGUACGUGCCCUGGAUCACCGUCAAUGGGAAGCACACGGACGAGCUGCAGGCACAGGCAGAGGCUUCGCUGCUGGGGCUGGUUUGCCACCUCUACCAGGGGGAGAAGCCUGAAGCCUGUGGGGGCUCCAAGGCCCCGAAGUUCCCCUCUGGCUGCAGGCGCUGAGGGAAGUUCUGGGAGCACUGGGAGAGAGGCCAAUAAAAAGGAUAUUUUUGUUGAAAA